AUGCCCAGCCAAAAGAGCAAUCGUGGGCCGGGGUCGAUUGCUAUCCCUGGUCAGCCGUCUACAUCGGCGACCAGCUCGCCCACCACCGGUCGGCGUACGCCCGCCGAUGAGGGCAUCUCGUUCUUCGAGAGCGAGUUGAAGCCCGGCGAAGAGGCUGUCAGAGUCUGGGAACUCCCACUCGAGCCCGACGGCGGUCCUAGCAAGGACAGAGAGUACAUCCGUCUUCCGCCUGCAGUUGUUCCUUACAUUCUUCGCGUAUCCAUCGAUAGCGGUACACCCGCUUCUCGCAAUGGUGUCUUCAAGACCAACUUUCCGCUCGACGGCGGCGCGUUUGAUCGUAACCGCUUCUCCGAGCGCAAGCUUCCGACGAACGUGGCCAAGCCUAUCGAGAUCGAUUUGCCUAUCUCCCAUGCCGGUGCAUUCGCGUACUGGGUUGAGUACGACGGUCCAUCUGGGACGCGCGUUACAGGCCGCCAGGGUUACUUCAACAUCGACCCCAUUCUGCGCUCAAGGGCCCGUGCGCCUAUCUUGUCGAAGGACCUCACUCUGUUAUCCCCCGGCGACGGUGGUGCAGUGAUCAAGGACGGCUAUGUCAAUCUCCCGCUCUCAGGCGUCAGCAUGCUCUCUAUCGUCUCGAAGUGGAUGGGCCCCGUCAGCAAGUGGCCCAAGUUCUUCGAAGAAGCCCGCGACCGUGGCUACAACAUGAUUCACUGGACGCCGCUUCAGCAGCGCGGCGAGAGUAACUCGCCUUACUCGAUUGCCGACCAGCUUGCGUACGACGUCACUAUGUUUGAUGAGGACGAGGACUACAAGUCCGAUGGCGGUAUCGCGAAGAUGGAGAAGAUCCUCACGCUCGCUGCUGAGGAGUACGGCCUACUCAGUCUUACUGAUGUGGUCCUCAACCAUACGGCGAACAACAGCCCUUGGCUCGAGCAGCAUCCUGAGGCCGGUUUCAGCCCUGCGAAUACUCCACACUUGACGCCAGCACUCGAGCUCGACGAUGCGAUGGUCAACUUCUCCGGCUCACUCGCGGAGCUCGGCUUGCCCACUGAGGUCAAGUCUGCUGCCGACGUCGAUAGGCUGACCUCGGCCUUCCGCGACUACUGCAACCAGUUUAAUUUCUGGCAGUACUAUGUUCUGGACGCGAAAGCCGAGAAGGAGGGCGUCAAAGCCGCUCUUGACGCUGCGAACGUUACGCCCUGGAGCGGCCCUGCUAUCCAAGAUGCGAGCUCCGUCGAUGUCGCGAAGGUCCUGCGCAGCUACCAGGACGGUGCGCUUGUUCAGGGCCUCGGAAAGUACGCGAAGCGCUUCGGUGUGCAUGUCGAUGCGGCUGUUGCUGCGGGUGUUGUCCGCGCUAUGCGUCCGCAAGGGGAUUCCGCGAGCCUCGCACACGUCUGGGGUCAGAUUGUGGAUGUGUUGAACGUCCCGCUUUAUCAGGAGUGGGAGGAAGACAUGCGCAUCGCCUUCGACAACAUCAAGGGUCGCCUCCGCUAUGGCCGCCUCGAUGAUCAUGGUCCCAAGCUCGGUCCUAUCACGAAGGAACUGCCUCUCAUGGAGUCGUACUUCGCUCGCAUUCCAGGCGUUGAAAAAGAGCCACUCAAGUACUCGCUUGCAGUCAACGGCUGGAUGUGGAACGCGAACCCACUCGCAAACUUCGCCCAGCUGCCUUCGAAGGCGUACUUCCAACGCUCGGUUAUCGCAUGGGGCGACUGUGUCAAGCUCAACUACGGCGCUAAGCGCGAGGACUCGCCCUUCCUGUGGGACCACAUGGCCCAGUACGUGACGACGCUCGCUCGUGGUUUCGCAGGCUUCCGCCUCGACAACUGCCACAGCACACCGCUGCACGUCGGCACAUACCUCCUCGACCGAGCGCGUGAAGUGAAUCCUGACCUGUAUAUCGUUGCGGAGCUCUUCACGGGCAGUGAAGAGACGGAUACGAUCUUCGUCAGUCGCCUUGGCAUUAACUCGCUGGUGCGUGAGGCGGGCAAUGCUGGCGACCCGAAGGAGUUCAGUCGUAUUGUGUGGCGCGACGGUCUUGGCAAGCCCAUCGGUAGCAUGGACGAGGCCUGCCUCUCCUCGGCUUCCUUUGUCGCUAGCCCGACUACUAGCGGCAAGGGUCCUAUCCGCCCGUGUAUCAUCACCCCGCUCCGCGGUGCACUGCCGCACGCGCUCCUGUACGAUCAGACACACGACAACGAAUCGACAGCCAGCAAGAUCAGCGCGGAACACACGCUCUCCAGUGCUGCUAUUGUUGCGUUCAGCUACUGCGCAAACGGCUCAGUCAAGGGUUUCGACGAGAUCUACCCCCGUCUGCUCGAGCUUGUCACGGAGAAGCGUCAGUACGAGGUUGCGGGGCUUGGCGAGAGUGGAGCGAACGCUGGUAUCGCAACGGCGAAGAGGCUGUUGAACAGUCUUCAUCGGGAGAUGGUACUUGGCGACUAUAGGGAGGGACAUGUGCAUCAGGAGAACGACUACAUCGUUAUGCACCGCGUUCAGCCCAGCACGCAGAAGGGUUACCUUCUCGUCGCUCACACGGCGUUUGCUGGGUCGCGCGGUAACAAGGACCGUGGCUUCAUUGAGCCCAUCCGCCUGCGCGGUACCAAGGCCGAAUUCAUCUACGCUGUCUCUCUUGAGUCUGCCGGACAAGGAGAAGAAAAGCCGGACACGCUGACUGGUCUGCCUUACAAGCUCAAACCACUCGACGCCGUCCAAGCCAAGCAAGGCAGCGAUGAGGAGGGCUCUUACUCCGACAUCGUUGUCCCGGGCUACUUCCCACCGGGCGCGAUCAUGCUCUUCGAGACGCAGCUACAGGGCAUCGACGCGUCCCUCGACUCCUUCUGCACUUCGGGCGCCGAGAGUGCGUUUAAGAACCUCGAUCUCGUCGACCUCAACGUUGUAUUGUACCGCGCUGAGGGUGAGGAGCGUGAUGCCACGGACGGCAAGAUUGGCGCAUACGACGUGCCCGGCCUCGGCAAGCUCACGUACUGCGGCCUGGAGGGAUGGAUGCAUCCGCUCCGCCAUAUCACGCGCGAGAACGACCUCGGUCAUCCUCUAUGUGGUCAUCUUCGCAACGGUGCUUGGGCGCUCGAGUACGCCCACAUGCGUCUCGCUGCUCAAGUUCAUGAAUUCCCUCGUCUCGCCGAACCGGCUCAGUGGUUCCAGGAGCGCUUCGAGCGCAUUAAGGCCACUGUGCCGCCAUUCCUCCGCCCGCGCUACUUCGCUAUAGUGCUCACCGAGGCCUACAAGGUUGCGCGUCGUGCAGCGAUUGAACAGUGUUCGGACUUCGUCUCGUCCGGUCAUGGCUUUACGCAGGACCUUGCUCUCGUGCAGGUACAGAUGCACGGCCGCGUUCACUCCGCGUCUCUCGACCCUGACCCGGCGAAGCAUACACCGUCGCUCGCGGCCGGACUCCCACACUUUAGUGCCGGAUGGGCGCGCUGCUGGGGUCGUGAUGUCUUCAUCUCCCUACGCGGUCUAUUCCUCACGACUGGCAACUUCGAGGGCGCGAAGAGGCACAUCCUCGCGUUCGCGAGCGUGCUCAAGCACGGUCUGAUCCCCAACCUGCUCGAUAGCUUGCGCAACCCGCGGUACAACUCUCGCGAUAGCCCGUGGUGGAUGUUACAGAACAUUCAGGACUACGUCAGCAAAGCGCCCGAGGGCGUUAAGGUUCUUGACGAGGUCGUUCCGCGCCGAUUCCCGAAGGAUGAUUCGUGGGUCGCGUGGGACGAUGAGCGCGCGUAUGCCGAGAGCAGCACGCUCGCUGAGAUCGUACAGGAGGUCCUUCAGCGCCAUGCUGAGGGCAUCCACUUCCGGGAGCACAAUGCCGGUCCGGCCAUUGAUGGCCAGAUGCGUGACGAGGGCUUCAACAUCGACAUUGAAGUUGACUGGGAAACGGGUCUGGUGAGCGGCGGAAACGCAUUCAACUGCGGAACGUGGAUGGAUAAGAUGGGCGAGAGUGAGAAGGCGGGUACGAAGGGGUUGCCCGGGACUCCGCGUGAUGGCGCGCCGGUUGAGAUCACUGGUCUGCUCAAGAGUACCCUGCGCUGGCUCGAUGAGUUGUCGAGUAAGGGUCAGUUCCCGUUCAAGGGUGUGGAUGCAACCAUCGGUGGUGAACGUCGCCUUGUCACCUACAAGGAGUGGAGCGACCUCAUCCAAAAGUCGUUCGAGAAGGCAUACUACAUUCCCCUCGACCCUGUCGAGGACAAGGAUUUCUUCCUCGACUCGAAACUUGUGAAUCGCCGCGGAAUCUACAAGGAUGUCUACGGCUCAGGCGCUGGUCGCGAAUGGUCAGACUACCAGCUGCGCGCCAACUUCCCGAUUGCCAUGACAGUUGCCCCCGAGCUGUUCACGCCCGAGCGCGCCAUAGGGGCGCUGCAGCUGGCAGACAAGGUCCUGCGCUCGCCAUUAGGCAUGAAGACGCUCGACCCUGCGGACAUGCAGUAUCGUCCGAACUACGACAACUCGAACGAUAGCGACGAUCCCGCGACGGCGAAGGGCCGCAACUACCACCAGGGACCGGAGUGGGGAUGGCCGCUUGGCUACUUCCUGCGCGCGUACCUCAUCUUCGACAUCAAGGCCGGAGCAGGGCAAAAGGAUAUCGGCGAGACGCUGCACCAUAUCCAGACGACUCUUCUGCCUGCGCGGGCCCACGUCCGCCGUGACCCGUGGGCGGGCAUUCCUGAGUUGACGAACGAGAACGGCGCAUACUGCCAUGAUAGCUGUGCGAGUCAGGCAUGGAGCGCGAGUACAGUACUCGACGCGCUCGAGGAUAUUCACGCGUUGACUAGCGCUUGA